AGUGCGGAACAUGCCAUAAAAACAGACUACUGAUUCCAAUCACAUAAUAUACAAAUCAGAGCCAAAAUACUAAUUAUUUUGCCAAAAUAAAUACGCCCUUUUGUGAUGUUUUAAGGCACAGAUAUUAUAGAAAUUGAUCGUGUGUGUAAUUAGAAUUAUUGCAUUACAACCAGCAGCUGAAUAUAUAGGGCAGGUUCUGGCAUAGCUUUUCCCCAUACCGAAACCUUGUUGAAAUGAAGGCUGCUUUAAGAAUCCUGGAGAUCACACUAGUUCUCAUCAGCUUGGCUGAUGCCAUUAAUUACCAGUUAAUAAUGGACGAAGACGGCCUAUUUUCCCCCUGCGAGAAUCAGCCUGGCAAUCCUUCAAACUUAGAUGGCCUCAUGGACAUGUCCGCUUUCAAAGUAAUCAACGGUGGAAACAAACUUAAAUUUGAGGGGGAACAAAGAGUCGUAUGGAAAAAUGUCCAGCCUGGGGACACAGUAAAGUUUGUAGCGCAAAUCUUUCGCCUAGAAAAGGGCACCUGGCAAAAGACAAUGUUUUCCACCCAAAGCAACAACUUUUGUAAAAACAUGUUUGAAAAGAAUCAGCAUUGGUAUGAGUUCUGGACGCAGCACAUCAAAAAUUCCGAUGAGAUCAAAAGCAAGUGUAUAACCACACCUGGGGCCGUUUUAAAGUACGAACCCAUCGAACUCGAAUUGAAAACAAGUCUGAAUGUUCCCAAUCUGGAAGGGCGCUACAAGGCGGUACUGCAUGUUGAGGCCUUCGACAAACGCAAUGUGAAGCGGCCAGUAUCCAUUUGCACGGAGCUCCGAGGCACUGCGAUGAAGCUCUAAUCGUACCAAUUAAAUAUGCAUGCUGAACAUACAGCGAAACACCAUUAAAGUUUAUAAUCGAACCGAGCACAACACACUAGGAACACAGGGGGCAUUACAGGGGUCGUUGGGGGUCGCAUGCGAUGAACUUCCG